AUGGGUUUAUUGUAUAGCGCAGGUUUUGAACUAAAAAGAUGGUCUACUAAUUGUAUUGACCUGUUGAAUAAUAUACCAUUUGAAAAUAGGUCGCUUCAAACAUCUUUCGAUCCUAAAGACGACACGUCUAUUAAAAUAUUGGGUUUACGCUGGAUUCCUGCUAGUGACUCAUUUAGUUAUCAUACAACAUCAUUACCGUUAAUUUACACUAAGCGUGCUAUUUUGUCAUACAUUGCUAAACUAUACGACCCAAUAGGUGCGCUGGGGCCAAUUAUAUUUUGGGCUAAAUGUUUUAUGCAAUUAUUAUGGCAAUCUAAAGUACAAUGGGAUGAUCAAUUACCACAACCGCUUUGUGAAUUAUGGAAAAAAUACGCCGAUGAACUUAUUUUAGUUAAUCAGAUUAAAGUUCCUCGGUAUUUGAAUAACUUAAAUUGUACUGCACAAUUAAUUGGAUUUUCGGACGCUUCUGAAAAGGGAUACGCCGCGGUUGUUUAUUUACGUUUGUUACAUAUGGAUGACACUAUUUCUGUACAUUUCAUUUCUUCUAAAUCUAAAGUAGCACCUAUUAAAACUACAAAUAAUAAAACUUUAACUGUUCCGCGAUUAGAAUUGUGCGGAGCUCUGUUAUUAGCUCAACUGUUGCAUCGAUUACACGACAUUUUUAAAAAUAAUGUGUUUAUCGAUAAUAUUUAUGCAUGGACAGAUUCACGUGUAGUGUUAUCAUGGUUGACAUCAGAACAUUCACAAUUCAAAGUUUUCGUAACAAAUCGAAUCGCAAAAAUUCUUGAAUAUAUUCCUAAGUGUCAAUGGCGUCACGUUGUUUCUGAUCUGAAUCCCGCUGAUUGCAUUUCAAGAGGUAUGUUCCCUUCGCAAGCUAUCGCUCACACGUUAUAUUGGCAAGGUCCGUCCUUUUUAAAAUUACCGGAGAAUGAGUGGCCGCAUUAUUGUUACGACCCGUUGUUACCGUCUCAAUUACCGGAUUAUAAAAUUACAGCGACAACUUGCCUAAUAACUACACAGGAUCUUGAUUUAACAUGGCUACCUAAAUUUUCUAAUUUAAAUCGUCUUCAACGUGUUUUAGUGCGAAUCUGCCGUUUAUUUAAGUACGCGCGCCGUAANAUAUUUAAAUACGCGCGCCGUAAAAGGGAACCUUUCAUACUGUCGUUAAACAGUCCUAUAUCAUAUAAGGAAAAAGAAGAUGUUAUGUCAAUAAUCAUUCGUUUGACGCAACAAAAAUAUUUUAACGUGCUGUUUAAGACACUUCAAUCUUCAACUGAUAAAAUAUCACCGCGUUCAUUAGCUCAACUGGCACCGUUCUUAGAUGAUAAUAAUAUAAUACGGGUAGGUGGACGUCUUCGUAAUGCUACUAUUCCGUACGCGUCUCGUCAUCCAGUGUUAUUACCUAAAUCAUGCCCUUUGAGCGUAUUAUUGAUUCGUCAUUUUCAUUUAACUUAUUUUCAUGCCGGUCCUCAACUUCUAUCAUCAAUACUCGCCAAAAAAUAUUGGAUUUUAUCAAGUCGUUCUGCUAUAAGAAAUAUUAUUUUUGCGUGCGUCAUUUGUGCUAGACAUAGAGCUACAGCGCCGCAACCAUUCAUGGCUGAUUUGCCACUCAAUCGAGUCACUCCGUCAAGAGCAUUUCUUGGGGUAGGUAUAGAUUUUGCCGGACCCAUACUUAUUAAAGAAAGCCGUCGAAGAAACGCUCGUGCCGAGAAAGGCUACUUAUGUUUAUUUGUGUGCACUUCCAUUAAGGCCGUCCAUAUUGAGGUGGUAUCUGAUCUUUCGACGGAGGCAUUUUUAGCAUCUCUACAACGCUUCAUUGCACGUCGAGGCAUACCGUCUGAUAUCUAUAGCGAUUGUGCUUCAAAUUUCAAAGGAGCGAAUCACUAUAUCAACUCUAUAUUUUUUAGCUCAUCAGCGCAAGACCUAUACUCAAACUCAAUACCAUGUAAAUGGCAUUUCAAUCCGCCAGCAGCUCCACAUAUGGGGGGCUUAUGGGAAGCAGCUGUGAAAUCAUGUAAAUAUCAUCUAAAACGAGUUGUAGGUACUCAAAUGUUUACAUUUGAAGAAAUGACUACAUUGUCCAGUCGUAUCGAGGCCGUCCUCAAUAGUCGUCCGUUAAUAUCUCUGUCAUCCAAUCCCAACGAUUUAACACCACUAACACCCGCACAUUUUAUAAUUGGCCAAUCACUUUUAGACAUACCCGAACCCGAUAUGACGUCAACCCCUCAAAAUCAUUUGACUCGGUGGCAACUAAUACGCCAACUUUAUCAGUCUUUUUGGAAACGUUGGUCGACAGAAUACAUUACAACGCUACAGCGACGCUCCAAAUGGUACAAACAGCAACCUAAUGUAAAUAUUGGUGACAUAGUUGUGAUAAAUAUGCCAAAUCAGCCGCCAACUCAUUGGAAACUUGGUGUAGUUGAAGCGGUACAUCCCGGUCCAGACCAGAUAGUUAGAAUUGCUACUAUUCGCACGGCGGAGACCACGAUAAAACGCCUUUUUAUUCGUUAA